GGGAGCCAGGAUUACGGCCUGCGAAGCUACUGGAAAGCGGAGGACGAUGCCCAAAGCCUGUUCUGCCAUCAACUGCCCCAACCGGGACACUCGGCAGAACCGUGCAAAGGGUUUAUCUUUCCACAGCUUUCCCAAAGACCAUGAGUUGAGGAAGAAAUGGAUGUUGGCUGUGAAUCGUGUUGAACCAGGCACCAAAAAAUUGUGGAUCCCGGGCUCCGGCGCCUGCCUCUGCUCUCAGCACUUCAGCCAAGAGGAGUUUGAGAUCUAUGGGGGACAGAAGAGACUGAAGAUUGGUGUGAUCCCAUCUGUGUUCUCCUUUAAGCAACCAGCCAGAGGCCUGCAUCCAUCAACAUCCCUUAAAGCCGCGGGCAUCGGCAGUCCACCGGCAGCCGGCAGUGAAACAGCCGCGCCUGCUGAUCUUUCUCCAGCACGAGUCAAAACGGUGGAACUCAUCCAGACAGAGCAUCGGUACAGUCUGAGUGAACCUCUGGACGUCCAGACAGACUCUGUUUUCCCCCCUGGUCCAGGACAGGGCAGCGAGCAAGAGCAGCGCCGUCUCUCAUACUACCAGCAGGAGCUGUGGGCUGUGUUAACGAGACUGCGGGAACAGCACCUCCUCCAGGAGGACGCAGAGCGCAUGCUGAAAGCCCAGUUCAGGGAAUCAGAAUCAGUGCUGAAGCAGAUGCCACAGGUCCCUCUGUUGGCACGUCAGUCUCCUGUCCAUCGCUUCUUUUCAACAGAUCUGCAGCUCAGUUUGCAGUGUGAGGAACCCCUCAGCGACAACUACCCGGCUGCCUCCCGCAACUUUGCAGCCUCGCUACAUUUGUUCUCAGCCAAGGCUUACGAAUUCAUGAGGAGAACUUUCCGACUGCCAGAGCCAGCAAUCUUGCGCACAUGGCUUUCGAACUUGGAUUAUAAACCAGGAUUCAGCCAACAAGCCUUCAAUGUUUUGGCGGAGAGAUCUCAAGCAGGGAAACAAGCUUUCAAGUGGUGUGCUCUCCUUCUUGGCACAAUGCCCUUAGAGAGAAGAAUCCAUUAUGACCCUUCCGCCAGGAGUUUGCAAGGCCUGGUGAAUUUCGGUACUGGGAAUUAUGAUGCAGAUGAGAUACCGCCAGCAGCAGAAGCCCUGCUCUUUGUCGCUGUCGGAUUUCAAGGUCAAUGGAUUAUACCACUUGGCUACUUCCUGCUUGCCACCCUUAAAGGUGAUAUACAGGCCCAGCUCCUGCGCCACUGUAUCCUCAAACUGUAUGACAUCGAUGUGCAAGUAAUCUCUGUGACAGCUGAUGCCACAGCGCCCAAUAUAGAUACAGCCAGGCAACUGGGAGUGAAGGUGGACGGGUUAACUGUCAGAUCCACUUUUCUUCAUCCAGCCACCCCAACACUGGAAAUUGCAUACUACUUUGACCCCAGCCAUUUGGUAUCCCUGAUUCAUAACUUGCUGCAAGUUGAUGGCAGUCUUCAGGUGAGUGGCAAAGCUGUCAGCUGGGACUAUCUUCUGCAUCUUGGUGCUCUUCGGGAAAAAGAGGUGCUCCAGGCUGCAGGCCAAGCUGGAGGCAGCCGGCAGCAGCAGCAGGUCUGGGGAAAUGGCAUCACCCAGUUGUUUAGUCAAGGUACAGUUCAAGCCCUGCAUUUUGCAGCCAGGCUAGGCCUGCCUCAGUUUCGGGGUCACGAAGCCACCGCCCUCUUUAUAGAACUGCUGAGUGCCGUUUUUGAUGCUUGCAGCAGCCGGAAUGCCCAUGGAAAAGACUCCAGAGCACCACUGUCCCUCACCAAUGCUGACAUCCUCAACAAUCUCUGCAAUGAAUACGAGAAUCUGCUUCGCAAACUACGCACAACUUCUGGGAAGCUCCUAUGGCUAAGCAGGCAUCGCUGGGGAUUUCUUGGCUUUCUUUUGAACCUGCGCAGCCUUCAGUGGAUGAUACAAACUCACCUACAGGCAGAAGACAGACCUGUUGCUUAUCUGCUCCCCGGUUGGUGGAGUCUGGACCCCUUGGAGUGGUGCAAGGGAGCCAUAAGGCAGGCAUGUGGCCACAAAGAGAUUACCACACCAGGGAAUUUCCAGAAGGCAUACAGGCUUAUCUUAAACAGAGCUGUUUCCGGUCUCGGCCUUGACCCACCCAACCUACUAGACAUAUCUUUAUGCAGACGAAGUAAUCUGCAGUUGCAAGCCUCCUGGCCUCUGGGGCAAGGGCAAAUAUGGCAGUUGCGCUGGGGUUCAAAGCUUCUCCAAAAUAUGGACAGUGUAGUGCUAACCCCAGCCUUUAGGGCUGAACUUGAGGAUACAACUACUCCUAUUGCUUGUGCAGUUUUGAGGAAACUGCUGCCAGUCCUGCCCUGUGCUGAGUGCCGUGCUGCGCUCUUGAACCCUUGCAAAGAAAUGCCUGUAGGCAGCGCCCUGAUGUGCGUGAAGAGCAAGGGGAGGGACUGUCUCCCCUCAAAGUCUGUUCAGAGAGUGAUCCGCAGAGCAAAGCAAGUGGUUGGCCUUUCUUCCUGGUUCUUCCAAGGCUCUGGCCCAUCUGACUUCUUGGCACAAGAGUUGGCCAUAUUGGCAGAUGUGAGCGAGGAACCUGAUCUUUUCUCAUCCCUGGACACUCAUCUCUUUGAAGGCAAUUCUCUGGUUUCCAACCAUUAUGUCAUUCUGCUGCAGCAACUUGUGCAAACCUUCUUAGAGCUGUGGUUUCAGGUAGUGCGAGGGGCACAGCCUAUGCCUUUGACUCACGAACGUAGCUCUGUGAAGGAGAUGAACAAUAAACAGAGCACGGAGGCUGCCAACUGCAGCAGCAGGAGUUGGCCCCAGGAACUAUUUGGACUCAUGAAAUGGUACAAGGCACUCUGA